AGCAACUGUUUGGAAGUCAAAUCCCCACAUCCUGCUCUGUGUCAAACCCUCCUUGGGCCGGCUUUUGUCCAUCACUUGCUGAAGUAGACCAACUGGUGCCUGGUGCGGGGCCUCCCCUGGCAAUUCUACUUCAUUGGUGCUUGGACCUCUCAGAUCUUUUCAGAUGAAGAUGGCCUUGCCUGGGAAUCCUGCUUGUUCCAUCAUCAUCUAACUAUGGGACGAGGCUGUAGCAGUGGGUUUGGGGGCAGGAGAACAGAGCUAAUCCAGCCAUCCAGGAAACACUGGAGGACUUGACCAGCCUUUAAAGGACUCUAGUGGUUUCUGAAUCUAGCCCACUCUGGCGGUAAGCAUGAUGCAACUUCUGCAGCUUCUGCUGGGGCUUUGGGGGCCAGGUGGCUACUUGUUCCUUACAGGGGAUUGUCAGGAGGUGGCUACUCUCACUGUGAAAUACCAAGUAUGGGAGGAAGUGCCAUCCGGCACUGUGAUAGGGAAGCUGUCCCAGGAACUGGGCUGGGAGGAGAGGCCAUCAGGGGCCACCUUUCAGGUCUUGCAGCUGCCUCAAGUGCUCCCCAUUCAGGUGGAUGCUGAGGACGGCUUGCUCAGCACAGGGCGGCGGCUAGACCGAGAGCACCUCUGCCGGCAGCGGGAUCCCUGUCUGGUUUCCUUUGACGUGCUUGCCACAGGGGAUUUGGCUCUGAUCCACGUUGAAAUCCAGGUGCUAGACAUCAAUGACCACCAGCCACAGUUUCCCAAAGGAGAACAGGAGCUGGAAAUCUCUGAGAGUGCCUCUCUGCACACUCGGAUCCCUCUGGACAGGGCUGUUGAUCCAGACACUGGCCUCAACACGUUGCACUCAUACACCCUAUCUCCCAGCGAGCAUUUUGCCCUAGAUGUCAUCGUGGGGCCAGAUGAGACCAAAUAUGCAGAACUAGUGGUAGUGAAGGAGCUGGACCGGGAAAUUCACUCAUUUUUUGAUCUGGUGCUAACUGCCUAUGAUAAUGGGGACCCCCCCAAGUCAGGUACUAGCUUGGUCAAGGUCAAUGUUCUGGACUCCAAUGACAAUAGCCCUGUAUUUGCUGAGAGCUCCCUGGCACUAGAAAUCCAGGAAGAUGCUGUCCCUGGUACUCUUCUCAUAAACCUGACUGCCACGGACCCUGACCAAGGCCCCAAUGGGGAGGUGGAGUUUUUCCUCAGCAAGCAUGUGCCUUCUGAGGUGCUAGACACCUUCAGUAUUGAUGCCAAGACGGGCCAGCUCAUUCUGCGUCAACCUCUAGACUAUGAGAAGAAUCCUGCCUAUGAGGUGGAUGUCCAGGCAAGAGACCUAGGUCCCAAUCCCAUCCCAGCCCAUUGCAAAGUUCUCAUCAAGAUUCUGGAUGUCAAUGACAAUGCUCCAAGCAUCCAUGUCACAUGGGCCUCCCAGUCACCAAUGGUAUCAGAAGCUCUUCCCAAGGAUAGUUUCAUUGCUCUUGUCAUGGCAAAUGACUUAGACUCCGGCAACAAUGGUCUGGUCCACUGCUGGCUCAACCAAAAGCUGGGCCACUUCAGGCUGAAAAGGACCAAUGGCAACACAUAUAUGCUGCUAACCAAUGCCAUGCUGGACAGAGAACAGUGGCCUGAAUAUACCCUCACUCUGUUAGCCCAGGACCAAGGGCCCCAGCCCUUAUCGGCCGAGAAACAGCUCAGCAUUCAAAUCAGUGAUGCCAACGAUAAUGCACCUGUAUUUGAGAAGAGCAGGUAUGAAGUAUCCACUCGGGAAAACAAUCUACCCUCUCUUCACCUCAUCACUGUCAAGGCUCAUGAUGCAGACUUGGGCAUUAAUGGAAAAAUCUCAUACCGCAUCCAGGACUCCCCAGUUUCUCACUUGGUAGCUAUUGAUGCAGACACAGGAGAGGUCACUGCUCAGAGGACACUGGACUAUGAACAGAUGGCCAGCUUUGAGAUCCGGGUGAUCGCAGAAGAUAGGGGGCAGCCCCAGCUCGCAUCCCAUGUCUCUAUGUGGGUCAGCCUCCUGGAUGCCAAUGACAAUGCCCCAGAAGUGAUUCAGCCUGUGCUCACCAAUGGAAAAGCUAGCCUCUCAGUACUUGUAAAUGCCUCCACAGGCCACCUUCUGGUGCCCGUUGAGACUCCCAAUGGCUUAGGUCCAAUAAAUGCUGAUAUACAACCACCAGCCACCCACGGUCCUCGGCCAUUCCUUUUGGCAACCAUUGUGGCAAGAGAUGCAGACUCAGGGGCCAAUGGAGAGCUCCUCUAUAGCAUUCAGAGGGGUAACAAAGCUUGCCUCUUUGUCCUCAGCCCCCACCUGGGGCAUCUGUUCAUCAAUGUCACCAAUGCCAGCAGCCUCAUUGGAAGUGAAUGGGAGCUGGAGAUAGUGGUGGAGGACCAUGGCAGUCCCUCCUUGCAGACUCAAGCCCUAUUGAGGGUCACGUUCGUCACCAGUGUAGACCAUCUGAGGGACUCAGGCCGUGAGCCUGGGGUUCUGAGCACAUCAAUGUUGACUGUGAUUUGCCUGGUAGUACUGCUGGCCAUCUUCGGGUUGAUCUUGGCUCUUGUCAUGUCCAUCUGCCGGACAGAGAAGAAGGACAGCCGGGCCUACAACUGUCGGGAGGCUGAGUCCACCUACCGCCACCAGCCCAAGAGGCCCCAGAAACACAUUCAGAAGGCAGACAUCCAUCUUGUGCCUGUGCUCAGGGGCCAGGUGGAUGAGCCCUGUGAAGUCGGACAGCCCCACAAAGACACAGGCAAGGAAGCAAAUAUGGGUGAAGGCUGGGACCCUGGCCUACAGGCCCCAUUUCACCUCACUCCCACCCUGUACAGGACCCUGCGUAACCAAGGCAACCUGGGAACACUAGCUGAGAGCCAGGAGGUGCUGCAGGACACAGUCAACCUCCUUUUCAACCACCCCAGGCAGAGGAAUGCCUCCCGGGAGAAUCUGAACAUUCCUGAGCCCCAGCCCACAAUGGACCAGCCACGCUCAAGGCCCCCAAAGGCUGCAGGUAACCCCAUUGGGAGACUGCCUGGAGACCAAGGCACUGGGGAGGCUCCACUGAGCCCAGCAGCCUCCUCUGCAACCCUGAGACGGAAGCGGAAUCUCAAUGGCAAAGUGGCCCCUGAGAAAGAGUCAGGUCCCCGUCAGAUCCUGCGGAGCCUGGUCCGGCUGUCUGUGGCUGCCUUCGCAGAACGGAAUCCCGUGGAGGAGCUCACCAUGGAUUCUCCUCCUGUUCAGCAAAUUUCCCAGCUGCUGUCCUUGCUGCAUCAGGGCCAAUUCCAGCCCAAACCAAACCACCGGGGAAAUAAGUACUCGGCCAAGCCCACUGGCGGCAGGAGUCCAGUGCCAGAUACAGAUGGCCCAGGUGCCAGAGUUGGUGGCCAGGCAGAACUAGACCAGGAGGAAGGGCUCUUGGACCCUGAAGAGGAUUUGUCUGUGAAGCAGUUGCUAGAAGAAGAGCUGUCAAGCCUACUGGACCCUCACACAGGCCUGGCCCUGAACCGGCUAAGCGCCCCCGACCCGGCCUGGAUGGCGAGGCUGUCUUUGCCCCUUGCCACCAACUACCGCGAUAACGUGUGCUCUCCGGACGCCACGGCUUUGGAGGAGCCUCGGACCUUCCAGACGUUUGGGAAGACGGCGGGGCCGGAGCUGAGCCCUACGGGUACACGGCUAGCCAGCACCUUCGUUUCGGAGAUGAGCUCGCUGUUGGAGAUGCUGCUGACGCAGCGAUCCAGCGUGGUACCCAUGGAGGCUGCCUCUGAGGUGCUGCGGCGGCUGUCGGUCUGUGGGAGGACCCUCAGUCUGGACCUGGCCACCAGCGGGGCCUCGGGCAUGGAAGCCCAGGGGGGCCCAGGUGGAAAGAAGGGGGACAAGGACAGGACUGCAAGCAGCAGCACCAGCAGAGGCCUGUGAACACACUUUGGGUGUCUCUGGAUCCAAGAACCAAGGG